AAGAAACAAUGGAUAAUAGUAUGUACAUAAGUGAAAUGAUGAGUUGUCAUGAUGAUGAAGCAACAAGGACGUCCCCUUCAGAAGGACUGGAAGAAGGGGAAGUGGAAGGGGAGACUCUUCUCAUAGUGGAAUCUGAAGAUCAGGCAUCAGUGGAUUUGAGUCAUGAUCAGAGUGGAGAUUCUGUGAAUAGUGAUGAAGGGGAAACAUCCUGGUCAGAGGAGCUGUCCUAUUAUUGCGAAAGAUGCCAGAAAUGGAUAGCUGCAAGCCAGGUGAGAGAACAGAUCACCCAUCUCAAAGGUGAUAACUUUUUCAAGUUUACUUGCUCUGAUUGUGCUGAAGAUGGGAAGGAGCAGUUUGAACGGCUAAAACUAACAUGGCAGCAAGUUGUCAUGCUGGCAAUGUACAAUUUAUCUCUAGAAGGAACUGGCCGCCAAGGUUAUUUCAGAUGGAAGGAAGAUAUUUGUGCUUUCAUUGAAAAACACUGGAGUUUUCUGUUAGGAAACAGAAAGAAGACGUCUACUUGGUGGAGCACUGUUGCUGGUUGUCUUUCUGUGGGAAGUCCUAUGUAUUUUCGUUCAGGGGCCCAGGAAUUUGGAGAACCAGGGUGGUGGAAGCUGGUUCAUAAUAGGCCUCCUACAUUGAAGCCUGAAGGGGAGAAACUCUCUGCAUCUGCCUUAAAAGCCAAAGCAGGUUCAAAACCAUCUUUGGAUCCAAUAAUUACAGUGGAGGGACUUAGAAAACGAGUGAGUCGCAAUCCAGUAGAAUCUGCCAUGGAACUCAAAGAGAAGAGGUCUCGAACUCAGGAAGCCAAAGACAUCAGGAGAGCCCAGAAGGAGGCGGCAGGCUUUCUGGACAGGAGUACCUCUUCCACACCUGUCAAAUUCAUCAGCCGAAACCGGCGUCCUGACAUUAUGCUUGAGAAAGGAGAGGUGGUUGAUUUUUCAUCCCUGAGCUCCUCGGAUCGAACUCCUAUGACCAGCCCUUCUCCAUCUCCUUCUCCGGAUUUCUCUGCCCCUGGAACGCCAGCUUCACACUCAGCUACACCUAGCCUCCUCUCAGAAGCAGAUCUGAUUCCAGAUAUAAUGCCACCCCAGGCCCUGUUCCACGAUGAUGAAGAGAUGGAAGGUGAUGGUGUUAUAGAUCCAGGAAUAGAGUACAUCCCACCAUCCAGUGCAUCAGUGGGAAUGAUCCGAAAGAAGGUGAAGAUACCGGAACAGAUUAAGCAGGAGCUGGAGAGUGAGGAAGAAAAAAUAGAGAAACUGGAAGGUGAUGCUGAAAACCCUGAUAAUACUCACACAGGCUUUCAGGACCAGCAUAAGGACAAAAGGAAGACACAACUGGACCAUAAGGAUGUUCGGUCUGGUAUUCCUAAAUAUGGACCUGUUAGUAUCUAUGAAGAAAAGCUUCUUUUGAGAAACUUGGAAGCCUAUCCAAAUGCUGUUGCCAUGACCCCUGAAGCUCGGAGGCUGAGGCGCAAGUUGAUAGUCCGGCAAGCUAAACGAGAGAGAGGCCUGCCUCUCUUUGAUUUGGAUAACAUUGUGAAUGCGACUGUUCUCCUGAUUGAUCGGAUUUAUGGAGCUAAGGAAGGAGAGGGCGCGCCCUGUGUGCCAGCAGGUUAUGCCACAUACAGAACUACCAGCCAGGACUUCAGAAUUUUGGAUCGAUAUCAGACAAAAUUGUCUAAUGUGAAGGAAAUUCGACAAAUGGAAACAAAAUUUCUAUGCAGACUUGUAGGUUCAGAAGAUGCCCUGACUGACCAUAGCAUCAUCAGUCCCUACACGUCCCGUGUCUUAAAACCUUAUAUCAGACGUGAUUAUGAGACCAAACCUCCCAAACUUCAGCUGCUGAGUGAGAUUCGUGCCCAUUCACACAAGAACGAUCCCAACUGGACUGCAGAACCAGAAGCACCCAUUGAUUAUUGUUAUGUUCGGCCUAAUCACAUCCCCACUAUUAACGCACUGUGCCACGAGUUCUUCUGGCCAGGGAUUGACCUCUCAGAAUGCCUCCAGUAUCCAGAUUUCAGUGUUGUUGUCCUUUACAAAAAAGUCAUAAUUGCGUUUGGUUUCAUGGUGCCAGACGUUAAAUACAAUGAAGCAUACAUCUCUUUUCUGUUUGUUCAUCCUGAGUGGAGACGGUCAGGGAUUGCAACUUUUAUGAUUUAUCAUCUUAUCCAGACUUGCAUGGGCAAAGAUGCCACCCUUCACGUCUCUGCAAGCAAUUCAGCAAUGCUAUUAUAUCAAAAGUUUGGAUUUAAAACUGAGGAGUACAUCUUAGAUUUCUAUGAUAAAUAUUAUCCUUUGGACAGCAAGGAGUGCAAGCAUGCAUUCUUUCUCAGAUUGCGACGAUGACAUAAGAAUCUAUUGGGAGAGUCACAAAGAAAAGUAGUCACUAGAAAAUAAAUAACUCCAAUGUUUUGUUGUAGAGAUUUAUAAAGUUCUGUUGCCUUUAAUGCUAAUAAAUUCAGUCUCUGACUUUUUUUGAGAA